AUGACAGAAGUUGUAAGUAUAGCAAUUGCUUUGCCUGUUUCUCAAGAGAGCCAUGCAUGCAAGCUUCUAGUGGUAGAUCCAGCUAUCAAAGUUGAAGACAAGAUGAGAAAUCAUCUAAUUGCCAAGCCUCUACAGAAGGACUCUUAUUUCCGGAAACAGGAAAAUGAAUUAUCAAUGCCAAGGGAAAUUAAAAAUGCCCCUGUUCCUCUUCUCUGCAAACACAUUAAUCACUUACUUCAAGCUGCAAGGUGGGUGAUUGGCAGAUGCAAGAGGGAAAUUAAAUACAAUGGUGGAGAAUAUGUUUACAGGUCAUCCGGAGGAAGACCGAGACGUGAAUUUCAUAGAACUUGGUCCAAGUGUGUGCUCGUUCACAUAACAAUUUGCUCACUCAAAAAUUGUAUUGUGGUUGAUGCAAAGAGAAGUUUGGCAUAUGCAAGAGAUAGUGGACCUGCUGCAAAAUACCCAAAAAUCUCAGGAAACAACAACACUAAUAUUCUGUUUGAAGUUCCCAUCAUUUCUGGAAAUGCAUGUACUUUGCUUGGAGGAUCCGAGACUCAUCAAGAAAACAAUACAAGUUCCCAAAAUUUCAACAAAGACGGACCUCAGGAAGAAGGCUGUUCUGGAUAUGGUAAAAGGGUUCACAAAAAAUCCAGAAAGAUGUCUGAAAUGAAAGUGACUAGCUUGUACCAACUUGAUUUAAAUGCUCAAGAGUAUUCUGUAGAGGAAUCUAGUAGUGGCAGAAUUGGAUCAAAGAAAAUAAAGGCCCGUCCACUUCAUUUAGCCAGAAAACACAAGAAUAACUAA